AAUUUAGUUAGGCUGGAGAUGCUGAUCAUCACAUUCGUAACGCUGCAGCAGCCCGGGACGCUCGCUCUAAACGUGAUCGCACGCUCGCGCUUAUCAUAUUCCGUUUGUCGGUUCAUCGCGCCUUUAUCCGAUUCCUCGUGAUCGGUAGUACACUGUAAUUUGGUGACGCACUCCACGGUGACACAACGACGGUGGCCGGGCAUCCAUCGGUCCAUCGGUGACGACGGUCCAUAAGCGACGUAGGACGGGCGGAACGAUUAUUGCGUUCGGUUGGCGAUUGAUUUGUGAAACGGAAAUUACAACCUACUGCAGUAGGGGCUGCGUGGCACAUACGAGCGAGACGUGCGUGACACCGUGUUUAGUGCUGGAUUAGUGUUCCGUGUAGAGAGAACUGAGUGUGUUUGUGAUCCCGAACCCGCAUCCACCUGUUGGGCGUGUUUAAACAAAUCGAUUCGAUUGUGAUACCAGAAAAAAAAAUGCCACGAAAUUCGACCACCACUGGCGGCGGCGGAGGAGGAGGAGGAGGAAUAGGGCGCUACGAUGAUGAUGACGAUCGCGUCUGGAACUGUGGGGCCUGGUUCGAGUACAUCCUGGUCGUGGUCGUGUCCUCGAUUCUGCUCAUCGCUGCCUCGGUGCUGACCAUCUUCUGGACGAUCUACUACCGCAAGGGUUUCAACAUGGACGAUCCGAAGCUGCAGUUUAACCUUCAUCCGGUGCUCAUGAUCGGUGGAUACAUCACCCUGUCCGGAUUCUCGAUCAUUCUGUACCGGAUCUGCCGCUGCUGCUCGCACCUGAUCGUGAAGCUGUGCCACACGUUCUUCCACGCCUGCUCGAUCCCGUGCAUAGUGAUCGGCUUUAUGGCGGUCUGGGACUCACACAAUCAGCAGCAGAUACCGAACUUCUAUUCGCUGCACUCGUGGCUCGGCAUGAUCACGAUGGGACUGUUUGCGCUCCAGUUCAUCCUGGGAUUCUUCAGCUUUCUCAUUCUGCUGUGCUGCGAGAACGCAACGUACAAGUUCCGUUCGACCAUGGUACCCAUCCAUGCCAGCUUCGGUGUGGUCACGUUUAUGCUGGCCAUCGCUACCGCCGUUACCGGAUUGACCCAGAAGGCUCACUUUGAACUUGGUGAAAACUACUCGCAAACCAUCGAGGAAGGCAUCAUCAUGAACUCGAUCGGCGUGAUUCUGACCGGGCUCGGUAUCAUCAUUCCAUUCGCCGUGCGACGCUCCAACUCACCGGCCAACUGCAAGGUCUACGUCACCGAGCGUAUCUAAAUAAGCAAUUUCCGCCAAGAAAACAAAACGAGAUGUGGGGGGGAAGAAGAUAUAAAAAACCCGCACGCCACAUAAAUACAUUCAUAGCAUAAUGGGUGGGCAAGCCGGGAGGGGGGGCUUAUUAGCUCUCGUUUGCCCGUAAAACAUAAUAAAAGGAAAGGGAAAGCGGAUCACACUGUACGCAUGCAGCCAAUUGCCAACCGAUUUGGCUGAUACUGGUGGUAAAGAUAUGGAAGGGUAACGAAAAGAAGAAGAAAAUACAAAAAAAAACAAAUCACACAACGCAAAUUGGGUUUCGCUGGAAUUAACUUCUCAGUUAAGGCAGGUGGUGAUAGUACAGAGAUAGAGAGAGGAGGAGAGAGAGAGAGAGCAUGCACCAGAAGAUGAAGAUGAUUGGACACACUUGUUUGAAGUAGCUAAAAACACGUUAAUGAGGCACGGUGUGCGUCUUAUGAAGCGGUUAUAAGCGAUCAUUCCACCAACAACAGAAAAUCUGUCGUCACCGUCGUCGUUGUCGUCGUCAUCGUGCGGCACAACAAAACGUGCGUUGUUAUUUGUUAUCUUUGCGCUCAUUAUAGUUUGUUCAUUGCUGUCCAAUGGCAUGAGGAAGAGAACGAAUCAAACUGUGUUAUUUAUUGAAACAAAGUUAGGAUAUUGAUUUUUCCAGCCAAUCGCUUGAUUAGAUUUGGAUUUGAUGUAAACGAGGUAUUGUGUAAGGAGGAACCACCUUCAGUGAAAGGAGAAAUUAAAAACCAAACUCAAACUAACGAAAUAGACGAGACGAGAGAACAUCCCAACGGAAGCAGCUCCAAACGAAUCUUGAGUAACUCGUACAACUGAAGCCAUACUGAAACGGAAACACGAAAGCAGCCAACAAACAACACACCAUUUAACCCCGAGAUAAUAUGAUACCAUUUCUUCAAUUCAUAUGCGCCACAGCUGUCUCUAGUGAGCAAGUAAUACAAACGCAGUAGCAAAGCGGAAAAUGAUUAGAGAAGAGAUAAAAUGCAUUAAAUUACAUUUAAAAAUAAAACCAGAGAAAAGUGAAGUGAGGCGAGCGGCGGUGAAAUAAAUCAAGAAAUGAUAGUAGUUAAGCAAGAUACAUCAAAAGAAAUUACUAUAAAAAAAAACCUGCAGUAGCCAAAUUAAGUACACCUCCCCGUGGGGCCGUAAAUGGUCGGCAAAUGCUCGGUCGAAUCGGUCUCGGAGCGCUUUUGUUCCUUUCCGUCGGAGAAAGGUAACCACACCACGGACCCCGUUGAACAAACUUUUACAGUUUUGUACAAUGUAUUUAUCGUUUACCUUUACUAUAUAUAUACAUAACUAUAUAUAUAUACAUACUAUAUGAGGAACAUUUGCUCAGUUGAGAAAAAUGGAAUUGAAUUCACUUUUUAUCUAUCGUUCAACCAAGUCUCAAUCAAACGUACCAUCGGGAUGAUUAGAUGUAAUGUUUUAGAGGAAGGAAACCGACGGUCACACGUGUGCGUGAGCGUUGUUACGCCAAGAUCGAUCGACACGCGAAUCCCCGUGGCACCGAGGCGCCGAAUUGCAUGUUUACCAGGAGCGGUAACAUCAUACCUAUGUUUUAAAGAAUGUGUGUUCAAAACUCUAAAAUAUAAACUAUAUAAACGGUGAAUGAAGAAGUGGAAUAAACAUAACAAGCAAAACAAAAAAAACCCGAUGUUCAACAGAACGACGGCGUGUCUGAAAGCGGGGAUGGUAAUGAUCGAUGUAUCGAUGGUAAAGCGCAUAAUCCGCGCAUCGGUGGCACAUGUAAUGGGGUGCGCGAUUACGCGGAUGGAAAAUGUAACGAAUUUUCCGUUUCAUUACGUUCUGAUUGGCGCCAGACGGAGGUUCCGGGCAGGUGUGAAGCAAAGAAAACCCACCAAGUUUUUCCCAUCACUCCCUUCUCUCUAACAUACACACUACACUAGGGAGAUGGCGAGCUCUCGGGAGCGAUUCGUGAAGGCCAAAAUGAUAGCUACAGUAUAAAACUAGAAAACGAAACGCAUGAUAUUUAGCGAAAAACCUCCCGAAAAACUGAAAAACAAAUUAUAAUAAAAAUAAAAAAAAACAC